AUGAUGACAACCGAGGGCCGCCCACCCUGGCUACCCUCCCGCCGGGCAGGACCGCUGAGGUCACGAGGCCGGGGAGACAGGACCCGAGGCCUGGGCUCUGGCGGGGGAGGCAGCCCGCUGCGGCGAGGCCGGGUCCCCUACGCCACCCUUCCGGCCGGCGGCGGACCCAGGGGCGGCCGGCCGGACUCACCCGUCUGGGUCGGCGGCCCUUUGACCGGCCGCACCUCCGAGACUCGCAAGUCCAACCCUUCGGUCUCCUUGGACGAGGGCGGGGAGGAUCCGGGCCCAGGAACAUGGAGCGCCGCCCCGGGGUGGGCGUGGUGUUCUGCGUUCUCCGCCCCGGGUCUCCGCCCCCGGGGUGGGCGUGGAGCUCGGUCCUGGGGGCGCAGGGCGGGCUCUUCCCCGCAGUGGGUGUGGGGUUCUGCUGCGGGACCGCGGAAUGGGCGUGGUGUCCUGCGCUUUGGGCCCGGGAUCCUCCCUGGAGUGCUGGAGAUUCAACCCACUGCCUCCGCUGUGCUAGGUAAACGCUCUCACAAUGAGGUCUGUGGCUUCAGGCAAGUUCCUGUCAUGGUGGCACAAGAGGGUUUGAAUCCUCAGACGAUCUCUGAAACCCCCAUGAUCUGUCACGGUAAACAGCAGGACCUACUGCUUUGCUUGACUGAGUCCUGGUCCUCAGCCCGAGUGGACUUCCACCUCUAUCUCUUCUCGCCCAUCUGUCUUCCAUCCCAGAUGAAUGGCUUCAGAUGACCAAGGGCCCUAAAGAUGUCAGGUAUUUUUUAAAUGAGUUUUUUUAAAUGAGUUCCAAAGCCAAAGGAUAGAAGAGGAAAGAUCAAUCUCAAAAUGCUUACAUCUCUAAUUACAGUUCAUUUCACUUGAGCAAAUUCAUCUUCUAAACCAAGAGGCAGAGGAGACUCUGGUGUCCUUGUAACAGUCUGCAAGCAUGGCCCCCAGUGCAGGGCUAGCCCAAUUAACUCCUGAGGAUCAGCAAUUCACUGACCAGGAAGCAGUGAUUUCACAGUUGACCUGAACUGGUUGGAACUUCUGCUGCACCCAGUUACAGACCCUUAGGAAUCCAGAGGUUUUGGGUGAGGGUCUCAUUCAUCACCCACUCCUGCACCUACCUGAAGACCUCUCUACCUGGGUCUGUUUACCAGCAGAGGAUGCCUGCAAGCAUUUUGUGAUCCCGCCCUGUUCUUGUUGACAGAGGGCACAGCUGUGCAGUCACUGCUCUGGAAAACUAAACCCUCCAUGGAAUACCAGCCAAGGAAUGAGGUAGCAAGGCACAGGCCAGGAGAGCUGGACUCAGAAGCCUUAGGUUUGUUCUAAUGUCCUCUUGGCUUUGCGUUUUGUUCCCACUCAUUUUCAAAUCCAGAACCUCUUUGCUGCCGCUAUCAAGGAGAAACAAGGAAAUCACACGGGAGCCAGUGCUUACAAAGUAAGGGAGAGACACCCCAGUAACUGGAUGUGAGCAGCACCACCAGGGCAGGCAGACCAGAGGAGUGGGUGCCUGCAGAUUCACUCUCCAAGCUGCACCUGGGUGCUCUUGAGGCUGUUCCUUGUUAUGGGACAACACACAUUCGCAUUGUUGUAGAAUGAUGGGACAUUUGUGUUCUAGAUCCAGCAAGGCAAGGGGCAAUCUGAAAAGUCCUUCCUGAUGUCACAAAAUGAUAAACAAAACCCUCAAAACAUCACUCUCACUCCAACUGGCAGUGUCUCACACACUUAGUACACAAGUCAGUGCUAUUGUUUGGAUCUUGAUUGACACCCAAAGGCUGGGUGUUAAAGGCUGGUCCCCAGGGUGGUGCCAUGCCGGGGUAGUGGAACCUUCAGGAACUGGAGCUCUCUGAGAGGUUCUUAGGUCAUCUGGGGCCUGUCCUCACAGGGAAUAGGGCCCUGGCCUCCCCCUCUCCCCUCUGGCAUCCUGGAGAUGAAUUGAGCUCUUGCUUCGCCAUGAGUUCCCUGCCAUUGCCAUCCAGCACGCCUGCCAGAGGCCGGCGGAAUGGGUCUGCCUCAUCUUAGACUGGA